AAAAAGAAGAAAAAGAAAAACUGACAGAGAGCGCGAGGCGGAAGACUGAGUCAGUCUUCAGUCAGGCAGCAGACGGAGAGGAUCAUGAGACGGACCAGGUUUCCUUCCCAUCACCAGCAUCACUCCAGACCCAGCUAAGGAACGAUGUCUAACAACACCACGGAGGCGGUGCAGGACUACCCUUACGUGCGCUUCUACGUGUCCACCCUCUCCUUCUCGGUCCUUCUCUUCUUCAACCUCAUCAUCAACUGGACCAUCGUCCGGGAGGAGCGGCUGCGGAGCCAUGCGCGCUUCGUGCUGGUCUUCCACCUGCUGGUGUCCGCUCUGGUCCACCUGGGCAUGAGCAGCGUCUUCUACUACCAGAUCCACCUGAACGCGCGGCCGAGCCGCACCGCUUGCCGGGCCAUGAUCACCGUCCUGAUCAGCAGCGCCUCCAACAUCCUGCUGACGCUCACGGCCAUGGCUCUGGACCGCUUAGUGGCCGUGUGCUACCCGAUGCGCUACACCUCCACCUGCACGGCGGCGUACUGGCCGUGGCUGCUGGGCUUGCUCACCUGGAUGGUAGCCCUGGUCAUCCCCCUCAGCCUGCCUCUCAACCCGGGUCCCCAGGCGGGGGACCCCGAUACUUGCGACCGGAAUAAGCUGAAAAAGGGCGAGCUCCAGAAGGUGCUGUUCAUCGGACUGUGCACGCUGCUCAUUCUCUACAGCUACGUGCGGAUCCUGGUGGAGGGACGGCGGCUCGGGGUGCUCAACCGGAGGAACCGGGCCGGCUGCAGGACCAUCGCCCUGCACGGCACCCAGCUGGCCGUUUACAUCCUGCCCAACUUCGUGAACUUCGUGUUGUACCUCAUGUUGAACAAAAACAUUAUUGAGCGUGACACCAAGGAGCUGUCCGCCGUGGUUAUAUUUGCGUUCUUCAGCGUGGCGCAGUGCGUGGCGCCCGUUGUUUAUGGCUUGCGCAAAGAGGAACUUCUGGAGCAGCUGAAUCGUCGGUUCCCCUGCUGCUCCCGGUACCUGAAGGCUGUGCUCGGCUGGACCGUGAGAGCCAACUGGCCCCAUACACAACCCAGAGGAAGGGAGCGAACGCUGACUGCUCAGACCAUCAUCUCCCUGGAAGUCCCACAAGAGAACCGGGAGGAAGAGACCGAGCCGCUGCCAGACACCAGUUUCUCACACAACUCACAUUCAUACGAAGGAAUUAUGGACAAUGCCUGAUGGGGGGAGGCUAAUAAGGGAAAAGCUAUUGCUUCCAACAGAUUUUUUUUAUCUUGUGCUGGAAAGGAACUCGUAAGACGCUUUUAAUAAAUUCCUUCAUAAGAAAAUUGAACAAAGAUGCGCAGAUGCAAGGGGAAAACUCAAAGCCAGACCUUGAACUGUCAAUUUUUCUUUCAUCUCAAGCGUUCUCCAAGGCCAGGUGGAACAGUUCUGAUUGCAGAACUCCUUUUUACGGCUCAGGGGAACCCAAUCGUCCGUCUGAAUCCGACCUCUUCCUCCUUUUGGGAUUACGCUGACUGGAUAUAUCCUAACGUUUAGCCAUGUGGAUGUUUGGUGUCAUUCUUACCGUAAACUGUGUAAAGCCUGAAAUUCCUGGUCCACUGAUUUCCUGAGACUGAAAUCAGCAGAAGGAACUAAAAUGGCUCAAGACAUUUUGAUUUUCCCGAGAGGAACCAACACUUUGGCCUGUGUUUGAGAAACGUCAAAGCACACAAACAACUUAGCAUGCCUGUUGGUAAAAAAAACCCAUUUUAUUUAGUAAAAACUACUUUAAGUUAUUUGUAUAGUUUUAAGUUUGAAAUAUUUUUACGCUACUUAUCUGUUAUAAGCGGUUUUAGGACUUUUUGACCAAAAGUUAAGCAUCAAUUGCAUUUCGAUCAAAGGAAAAAUACGUUCAAAGAACCAUUUCCUUUUUUUCUCCAAGGGUUAGAAAAAGGGUUUGAAAAAAAAUUGCUUAAUAAUUUGAAGUAGCUUUUCUUUUAGUGAUGAAAAACAAAAUGGCAGAAAUCACAUAUAGUCCACUUUCUGCUUGUUCAUCACACCGUUAUGGAACUUACUACUUAUUUAUUUUAAAAACUUACUCCCCAUUUACUAACUAUUUCCAGCUGAGACCAUAAGCUACAGAACGUCUCAAAAUGUGAAUUUUUUUCCUGAAUAUGUUAGUUUUUCUAAAAUUCUAAAAAAAAUUAAAAAAAAAUCAGAAAAAUAAAAUAUUUAAAACAUUA